UCGCACUUGUAUUUUACUUCUAGCGGCAGACUUGGGCGUCAAGCGUGCUCUAGAGCCGCGACAGAACCAAACAUUACAGCUUGGGAUUUUACCUUAAAAACAUAGCAGCAGCAUUCAUCAUCAUAGAUUGUCCAGUCAUGGCAUUGGCUUCCUUUACUAUUCCCCCUCCCCCCGCAUCCUUCAUCGCCAAGAAGGAUCUGGGCCUCUCUGCCUUUACUUCUUCGUCAUCAUCACCACCCUUUUCCGUUCCCAAAUGCAAGAAAUCAGUUUCAAAGAAGAUUGUAUCGGUCAUGGCUCCUCAGCAAUCAGAGCGCAUGCCUGCCACCACUGGCUCGGUGAAGACGGCAAUGACAAUGACGGAGAAAAUCUUCGCUAGAGCGUGUGAGGAGCCCCAGGUGAGCCCAGGUGACAAUGUUUGGGUCAACGUUGAUAUCUUGAUGACCCAUGAUAUUUCUGGCCCUGGUUCUAUCGGGAUAUUCAAGAGAGAGUUUGGACCGCAUGCUAAGGUUUGGGACCGUGAAAAGGUUGUCGUUAUACCAGACCACUAUAUAUUCACUGAAGAUAAGCUUGCCAAUCGCAAUGUGGAUAUAUUGAGAGAUUUCUGCAAUGAUCAAGAUAUAAAGUACUUCUAUGAUAUUAAGGAUCUUGGUAACUACAAGGCUAACCCCGACUACAAAGGUGUAUGCCACGUUGCACUUGCCCAAGAAGGUCAUUGCAGACCUGGAGAGGUACUGUUAGGAACAGAUUCACAUACAUGCACUGCUGGAGCAUUUGGCCAAUUUGCAACUGGAAUUGGAAACACUGAUGCUGGUUUCGUAUUAGGCACUGGGAAGCUCCUGCUCAAGGUGCCCCCAACUCUGAAAUUUGUAAUGGAUGGUGAAAUGCCUGAUUAUUUGCUAGCAAAGGAUUUGAUUCUGCAAAUUAUUGGUGAAAUAUCUGUUGCCGGUGCCACAUAUAAAUCGAUGGAGUUUGUUGGCACAACUGUUGAAAGUUUAACUAUGGAAGAACGGAUGACACUAUGCAACAUGGUUAUUGAAGCUGGGGGGAAGAAUGGUGUUGUCCCUGCUGACAGUACUACAUUCAAGUACCUUGAGGAUAAAACGUCCCUGCCCUAUGAACCAGUUUAUAGCGAUGCGCAAGCAAGAUUUCUCACAGGGUAUAGAUUUGAUGUCACAAAAUUAGAGCCGUUGGUCGCAAAGCCUCAUUCUCCUGACAAUCGUGCUUUAGCAAGAGAAUGCAAAGAUGUCAAAAUUGACAGAGUAUACAUUGGAUCUUGUACUGGCGGAAAAACAGAAGACUUUAUGGCUGCAGCCAAAGUUUUUCUAGCUUCUGGUAAAAAGGUCAGAGUUCCCACAUUCCUCGUCCCUGCUACCGGAAAGGUUUGGAUGGACUUGUAUACUCUCCCAGUACCAGGAUCUGGUGGCAAGACUUGCUCCCAGAUUUUUGAAGAAGCUGGUUGCGACACACCUGCAAAUCCUAGUUGUGGUGCCUGUAUGGGAGGCCCCAGAGACACUUAUGCACGCAUGAAUAAGCCUGUAGUCUGUGUAUCGACAACAAAUAGGAACUUCCCUGGUCGGAUGGGACACAAGGAAGGCCAGAUAUAUCUUGCUUCUCCAUACACGGCAGCAGCAUCUGCUUUGACUGGUUUUGUUACUGAUCCAAGAGAGUUCUUGCAGUAGGCUUUUGAUGCCAUUUUACUUUGUGCAUCAAAUGUAUUGUAACUUAAUAGCAAGGGAAAAUAAAUAUGCGGCCCUAUUCCAGAGUCUGAAUUUCUAGCAUGUGCAAUCGUUACAAUAUCACACUUUCAACCAUUUUGAAGAAUUCCUGUGCAAGAUUGGAGCACAGAUGAGAUAUGUUGCUUACAA